CACAGCAGCAGCGUGUUCAGAUUGAAUGCUGAUAAACGCUAAAGCACAUCUAAAGUUAGAAAGCCCAGUCGUGCAGUUUACUUUAUUGAUAUAUUCAACAUGACAUCGCCGCUGUUUUUAUACAGACAGAUGAAAGCUACAGAAAAGAGAAGCAAAAGAGAAGAAAACAAGGCGCUGCGAUGCACAGAAACAACUGGAAGCUAAUAACCGAAACCUGGAUUUACAGUUAACAUUUUGUGUCAGAUAUGUUAAAGGACCCCUAAUCCAGAAAAUGCACUUUAACAUGUUAUUAUAACAUACAUUUGAGUCGCCAGUGUGUGUGCAGAACCACCCUGUAAUUAUACAAAUCCAUCCAUUCUGCUUUUUGUAAUGUCACAAAUCACAAUAGCCACACUGAACAGGCUGUAGGCAAUCUCCUACAGAAGUGAUGUCACACUGAUUACGACCGGCUCAUGACCGCUCACAGACUCCGCCUGAUGAGCAUAGAUUCCACCUUCUGCCAGAGACACGCUGUCUGCCAUUUUCAUGUCAGAGCAGCUGUAUCCAGUGACAAGAAUGCCUCCGAAACAACUAAGGUGUGGAGUUGUCGGAUGUAAAAACGAACAUAAAAGUCUUCAUUUACUCCCGACAUCUGAGCCGCUGAGGACGCAGUGGAUACGUUUUAUUUUUGAAGGAAACGCGACUCUCAAUUUACCAAAGUUUGUAUAUGUAUGUGCGAAUCAUUUUACACCAGACUGCUUUUUCAACGCGGGUCAGUAUAGCAUGGGUUUCGCCAAAAAAUUGAUUCUCAAGAGUGGAUCAGUACCAGCUGUUCGCCAUCAAGCUUCAUCUCCGGAAGCUGCAACAUGUAUCAGUCGCACGAGAGAAGUUGGCUGCCAGACAGAAUCUCCAAAGCUGCAUAGUGUUGGGACACAACUAUCAAGGAGGACGCUUCAAUCACACUACAGAAGUACAGGUGUCCAGACUACUGUGUCAAGUCAGACCCUAGGCACGUCAUCAUUCACACCGGCAGCUCGUGCAACUAUUAUGUCUUCAACACCAUUUAAAACUCCAUCAAAAAGACCUCUCAUGGAUCUUGAGGAAGAUGAUGUUUCCAUUGCGGGCUGUUCUUGUGCAGUAACAGCUGACGAGUCAGAUGUGACAUAUGAUCCUGCAGACACAUCUUUAACCGAGCCAACAGACAUUUUGACUCAAGCAUCCAUGCCUGUCCAAAACAUACGCAAAUAUAUCGUGUAUGAGACUUGCAUCAUGGAACUCUUAGAGUCCUGUCCGGUAUGUCAGCGACGCUGUGAUGUUCGUUCACAAACACAUGGAACAUUUUUACGCGUAGACCAACUCUGCCAACACUGCAACUUUUCACGCAAAUGGAACAGUCAGCCUAUUAUGGGCAGCACUCCAGCUGGCAACAUUCACCUCUCUUGUGCUGUGUAUCUGUGCGGGGCUUCCUACAUUACAUUAGAAAAGGUAUUUGCUGCUAUGCGUCUACAAGUGUUCAGGUACAACACCUUUCGCAGCCAUGCGAGAAUGUACAUAGAGCCUGCCAUUGUGUGCAAAUGGAAAAACUGGCAGGAUGGGAUGCUGCAUCAGAUGAGGCAGAAGGAAAAAGUCAUUCUUGGUGGGGAUAUGAGGGCCAGCUCACCAGAGCACUCUGCAAAGUUUGGCAGUUACACCGUGAUGGAACUUCAGACAAGCACCAUUGUUGAUAUACAGCUGGUCCAGAGUAACGAAGUAGGAGGAAGCUAUCACAUGGAAAAGGAAGGGUUAAAGAGAAGCCUUGAGUUGUUGGAAGCUCGAGGGGUUACUCUGGACUGCAUUGUAACUGACCGGCAUCCUCAAAUACAGAAGUUUCUCACAGAAAAAAAUGUGACACAGUUCUAUGAUGUUUGGCACAUAGAGAAAGGUAUUUCAAAACAGCUUGACAAAAUUGCUAAGCUAAAGGGGUGUGAGAAACUACGCAAGUGGCUGCCUAGUAUUAAAAAUCACAUUUAUUGGACUGCUGCAUCAUCAACCACAGGACCUGAGAGAGUUGCGAAAUUGACAUCAAUCCUGAACCACGUCCAGGAUAAACACACACAUGAGGACCCAAAUUUUCCCGCAUGUUUACAUGCACAAGGGAAGAGUAGAAACAAAAGCAAAUGGCUGGCUGCAGGGACUCCGCUAUUCUACAAGUUGGAGAAAGUUCUCACUAACAAGAGAAUACUGAAGGAGGUAACAAAACUAUGUCCUCACCUCCAGACUUCUUCUGUAGAGUCGUUCCACAGCGUGAUCUUGGGCUUUGCACCAAAAAACGUGGUCUUUUCAUUUAUUGGAAUGUUGUGCAGACUGUAUCUGGCUGCACUACAUUUCAAUGAGAACACCAGUCGACCACAAGCCACAACAGCAGAAGGUCAGUCCCGGUUCAAAGUGACCUUUCCAAAGGCAAAGAAAGGGGAUAACAGGGUGUAUGAAGUGAAUACUGAACCAACAUUUCGUUAUGUGGAUGACCUGCUAGACCUCAUCUUUGAUGAAGUCUUUGUGGUCCCUGCGCCAUAUGUGGAGGAAGUCUUGAGGAUCCCCAUACCACCACCACUGAGUGCAGAGUAUGAGCGGCCAGAGAAGGAGGAUGUCUCCACCAGCAGGGUUUCGUGUUUAUAGAGGCGGUCUGAAACCUACAUAGCUGCCCUGUGCAUCUGGAAACUCCCGACUUAUCCUCAGGACCACACAGGCUGGAAUUACAACGCGUAUUUGGCGUCCAAGGCAACCCCAGCACCAGCUCACAAAGCUGAGAUAUGCCAAAAAUCUGUAUCGGCUAAAAAAUAAGACAGUUCAUGGUGUAUUUGUGAGUGAGAAUCAGUGAUGUGUGCUGUUUUCAUUGAAUACUUUGAAGCAUUGACAUUUUUUCCGUACUGUCCCUGUUGAAAACAGCAGCAUAUGCUGGGUUAAGUAUGUUUUGAUGCUGGUUUAAGUUGGGGCCUGUUUCAAUAAGGAGGUUCAACCAACAGAGUUAAAAUGUGAACUCUUAAGUUGUUUAAAACCGAGAUGCAAAACUUUUAGUUUUUAGUUUCAGAACAGCUGAUUUGAGUUAGUUCUAUCAACUCUGGGUAGACUUACCUUGAGUUAAGUGCUUGCACCACAACUAUGACAAGCCAUGAUCAAUGGAGCUCUGAUAUUACGAUUCACCAUGGCAACGGCAAAGUCAGAGUGAUCAUCGGUUCGAACCCUGCUCGGAGCAGUUUUGGGUAGGAAUGGCUGCAUUUCUCAAUUAAUUGUUUAUUACCUUUAUCACUGCAUUUGUCUGCAUUUAUUAAUUUCUUUAUUCAUGCACUUUAUUUGCACACUUCUUAUCCUCUAUAGAAAACUAUAACAUUUGUGAGGGCAUGUAAGGGAAAGAAUCUGCUCUGAUGUAAUACACAGCCACGAUGGCUGAUGUUAUUGAUGUAAGGAUGGAUGAGAUAUAUUUUGAUAUAUCUAAUUCACUGUAAAGAAAAAUUGUACAGUUUUAAUAAAAAUGCACAGGGAAAUGACAAAAUUCCACUCGGCUCCUAAAUUCCUCUCCUGAAAUCAAAGAACAUCCGUAUGAAUUAAUGCAGCCUCUUCACAUACAGAAUCCUUAAUAAAAGCACAUAUGACAUUUUAAUCACUGAGAUGGUCUCUGUGUGAUCAAAAUGCCUGCCAUGAAUGACUGUAUGUAUUAAUGAAU